AUGGCUGACCUGAACCUAGUUGGUAGUUUCGUUGCCACGGUGGAUCAAUUCUGGGUAGCAUCCCAUGUUGCCAUGGCUUUGGAUCUCCUCCUGCUCCUGGAAAUAUUUGGCCUGACCGAGAACACAGUGUUCUCGUGCCCAACAUUGUCGCUUUCGAACAAAGCCGGUCAGACCUCAAUGCCUGUCGCGAAAGCAUUCAGAGUAUGA